AGGGAUUAUAAGGUCCCCAGGGGCCCACUGGAAAUCAGCCUCCCCAGACUCUAGUGAUCAUGGUGAUGGCGUCCCAGAUCCUCCUCUUCUUGCUCUCGGGGUCCCUGGCCCUGACCCAGACCCAGGCGGGCUCCCACUCCCUGAGCCAUUUCUUCACCGCCGUGUCCCGGCCCGGAGGAGGGGAGCCCCGCGUCAUCGCCGUCGCCUACGUGGACGACACGCAAUUGGGACGCUUUGACAGCGACGCCGCGAAUCCCAGAGCGGAGCCGCGGACGUGGUGGAUGGAGCAGGAGGAGCAGGAGCACUUGGAAGAGCUGACGCGCAGAGCCAAGGGCGUCGCACAGGAUUUGCGAGUGGACCUGUGGACCCUGCGCGGCUACUACAACCAGAGCGCCUCCGGUUCUCAUACCAUCCAGGCGCUGUCUGCCUGCGAGGUGAGGUCGGACGGGCGCUUCCUCCGCGGGUACCGUCAGAUGGCCUACGAUGGCACCGAUUACAUUGCCCUGAACGAGGACCUGCGCUCCUGGACGGCGGCGGACGCCGCGGCUCAGAUCACCCGGCGGGAGUGGGAGGAGGCCGGUGUGACGAAGCUCGCCAGAGCCUUCCUGGAGGAGGACUGUUUGGAGUGGCUGCAUAGAUACCUGGAGAAAGGGAAGGAGACGCUGCUGCGAGCAGAUCCCCCAAAGGCUUAUGUGACCCACCACCCCAUCUCUGACCGUGAGGUCACACUGAGGUGCUGGGCCCUGGGCUUCUACCCUGCGGAGAUCACACUGACCUGGCAGCGAGAUGGAGAGGACCAGACCCAGGACACAGAGCUUGUGGAGACCAGGCCUGCGGGGGACGGGACCUUCCAGAAGUGGGCCGCCCUGGUAGUACCCUCUGGAAAGGAGCAGAGAUAUGUGUGCCAUGUGCAGCACGAGGGGCUGCCUGAGCCCCUCACCCUGAGAUGGAAAGUGCCUCCUCAUCCCACCACUUCCAUCCUGGGAAUUGUUGCUGGCCUGGUUCUCCUAGGAGCUGUGGUCACUGGCGUUGUGAUCUGGAUAAAGAAGAGCUCAGGUGGUAACAGUGCCCAGGGCUCUGAUGUGCCUCUCACAGAUUCUAAAGCGUGAGACUCCUGCCUUGCAUGGGACUGAGUGAUACAAGAUUUGUUCACAUCUCACUUUGUGACUUCAAGAAACCCUGACAUAUCUUCCUGCAACUGGUGUCUGAAUAUAUCUGUGUUCCUGUCAGCGUAAUGUGAGGAUGUGGGGAGACUAGCCCACCCCUGCUCAGUAGGACUCCCUCCCCACACUGACUUGUGUCCUUUCCCUGAUCAGCAUUCCUGUUUCAGCAAAGGAAAGGCUAGAACUUCUCCAUCCCUAUCAUAACUUUGUGUUGCUCUGAGCUCAGCAGCUUCUCGCUUCCCUAUUGAAAUUAGAAUCUGGAUAUGAAUUUUUUUCUAUUUCUUGGCAAGAGGUGCAGAUGAUGGGUUAAUUCAAGGUGAGGAAUACUCAAAAUUUGAGAGAGGAAAUAAAUGGAAGAUCUGAGAGCCUUCCAGAAUUUGAUUCUUUGCUAUGCUGAUUCUGUCGCAAGUGGGGACAGGAGGAUGCUGUGGAGGAGCUGAGUGUGGACCAGGCCUGUGCCCUACCUGUGCGCAUACCCGUUUGCAUACACCCAGAAUGUAUUCUAAAUUCUAAGCAAUCAUGAGACUGUUAGUAUAAGGAAUCAGUUGUCCAAUCUGAUUGGGCCGUACACACAAAGACACUUUACAAAUUGUUGGCAAUCAAAAGUUGUCAUUACUAUCUAUACAAAACAAACCAAAAAUGAUAGGAACAUACUUGAACUGAACCGGUCCCUUCUAUCCCCACGAGUACCCAAUUUAGCAUCGUAGGAGAGGAACACGCUUAUGUCUAAAAGGGGGGCCCAUUUACUCGUCCCAAAUUACCCAUGUCCAUAUUUGUGUAACUGGGUGGUCAUACUGCGAAUCAGGUGUUACCAGCUCUGUAUUUCUCUAAGCAAAUGUGUCACCAGCUCAGGUCAGGUGCAGCAUAACUGUGUUUGUUCUCUGUCUUUCUCUGCACUGUCUCUCUGUGGCUUUCCUUGGCUGGGACUGGACCCCGGUGCUAUUGGUCUAACUCUCAACCAGCAUCUUUGGGGAGAACUCUGAGCCAGCACCAGGCUUAAGCUAACAUUACAACAGCUCUUAAUUCGAAACUGUUCGCAGGUAACACCUGUACAGUGAAGGAGCACUGAUGGUUCAACGGUUAAGUAAUUGACUGCCAACUGAAAGGUUGGUGGUUUGCACCCACUCCGAGGCUCUGUGGGAAAAAGACCCGAAGAUCUGCUUCUGUAAAGAUUACAGCCUAAAAAAAACUUAUGGUGGCAGUUCUCCUCUGUCACAUGGGGUUACUAUGAAUCGAAAAUCGACCCAACAUCAUCUACCAGCAACAAUCUAAACAGUGCAUGCCCAAGCCUCUGAGGGCAACUUCUUGGCCUUAGAGUUACCGUUUUCAGCACAACCAGGUAGUCUGCCACUGCCAAAGGCAAGCCAGCUCAGCCCCCAUCUGCUCAGUAGGCCAAUUCUGACUGCUCUCUCUGCUACUGGGCACCUGCAAGACCUUUGCCACCCACUCUGCCCUGGACUCCUUCUAUGUCUCUCUGCCACUGGCUUGGCCGUUUUUUCCUCUCAGUCUUCAGUGUUAUCAGCUCAGUGUUCUAGCCCUUUACCCAUAUUAUAACUCCUUUUGGGAGGUGUCUAGGAGAUUCUCAGGUAAAGGACCCCAGGUCCCAAGGACACACUCUUUUUUUAAACUCUUGUUGAUCAGGAGACCGCCCACAAACUUCUGUGAGACUACCUACUUUUAUACACAAACUGCUUGUUAAUUUCAAAGUAUGGCUUUCCAUAUGCCUACUGUGAUGUGUGUCAACUUGGCUGGGCCAUGAUUCUCAGUGUUUUGGCAGUCAUAUAAUGUUGUGAGCACUUCCCUGUUGAGAGCUGAUAUGUGAUCACCCCCAUGGUGGCAUCUACUGUGAGUA